GCAGUCUUUCUCCGCCAUCUUCUGUUCCACCACGAGAAACAGAAGCACAAAGGAGGACGCAGUUAUUUUGUCUGAAAACGUAGCUAUCUAUUCUCAUUACAAAAUGAGUGACAUUGAGGAUGGAAACUUUGAUGGACGAGACUCUCGCUCCCCAUCCAAAUCGGACCGUGGCAGUCCCGUUCGGGUCAAGUCGGAGAGCAGGUCCGGCUCCCCGAGCCCAUCCCGGGUCGCCAAACACUCAGCGUCUCGGUCCCGCUCAAAGUCCAGAUCUCACUCUCGUAGGCACUCUAACCGCCGGUACAGCCGCUCUCGCUCCCCCUCCAACCGGAAGAAGUCCCGCUCCUACAGCCCAGAAUAUCGGAAGAAGACGAGCCAGAGUGCGUCGCCCAACCGCCGCCGCCCCAGCAGCAGGAGCCAUGACUUCAGAAAAGAGACAUUCAGUCAGGGAGCAGGAGGAGGUGGUGAGGAUGCCAGGGUUAACCCUGACCCCAACCAGUGUCUGGGGGUGUUUGGGCUGAGCUUGUACACCACGGAGAAGGACCUGAGGGAGGUGUUUGGCCGGUACGGCCCAUUGGCCGGGGUUAAUGUGGUGUACGACCAGCGCACCGGGCGCUCCCGUGGCUUCGCCUUCGUCUACUUCGAGAGGAUCGCCGAUUCCAAGGAGGCGAUGGAGCGUGCCAACGGUAUGGAGCUGGACGGGAGACGUAUCAGAGUGGACUUCUCUAUCACCAAGAGGGCCCACACCCCUACGCCUGGCAUCUAUAUGGGCCGACCCACACAAAAUGGUGGUGGUGGGGAGCGAAACAGUGGCAGCAGCAGUGGUGGAGGGAGGAGGGGACGGGACUCGUAUGACCGCUACGAUGAUCGACGCGGCGGCGGUUACGACCGUGGAUAUGACCGUGGAUACGAUCGGGGAGACCGAGGUGGAGACCGGGGAUAUGACAGAUAUGACGAGUACGACAAGUACAGUCGCAGGCGCUCUCCCUCACCCUACUACAGUCGAUACAGAUCACGCUCCAGGUCUCGCUCAUACAGUCCACGACGAUACUAACAAACUUUCAUCAAGAUCAAGCUAUCCUUUUUUCUGUUAACCACAUCGGAACGGAGCCGUUUGGGAGCGUUGUCAAGCUAACUAAAGUGUAUAUCAACAGACGAAGCUCCCCUGCGACUUUUGUUUACGUGCUGUAGAUGUCUUUUAUUUUUUAACUUUGAUGCAUCCAUGUAGUGUCUGUGCUGAAGACUCAGACGGUGGUAAUGAAACUCAUUGGGCCCGUUUGAGUAUCUUUUAAAACGCACCCUUCUUCAGCUUGUCACUGAUCUAUAAGUGACUGGAUAAAUUAAAGCGUUGUAGCCAUUGUUUUGCUUUCACCAAUCCAGCCUUGUCAGAUCAGUGAUUACCUCAAGGAAGGAAAGAAAGGAUGUUUAAUAUUCAAACAGGCUCAUUGGUUUUUGCAGUAGGAGGAAAUGUGAAAUUGAUCUGAAAGUAUCACUGGUUUGAGGAGGGUCUUUGUUAUUAAGUCACAUCUUUGAGUUGAUGUUAUUGGGAUACCCUCCAGAGAUGUUUAUUUUCAUGUUAUUUUGUUUAUUUGUAUGGAAAAAGACAUCUCUAAAAUGCGUGAGUUUUUUUACAUUCUGAAUUUAAAGUUAAGCUGUGUGAAGGUAUCAUUCAGAAGAGUUGUCUCUUGGAUCAGCAUGUAAAUACAGAUUUUUGAACAAAA